UGUGUGUGUGUGUGUGUGUCUCUCUGUGUGUGUGUGUGUGUGUGUGUGUGUCUCUCAGGUGUCCCGCUCUGCUGGUGGUUGGAGACACGUCGCCUGCUGUUGAUGUCGUGGUGGAGUGUAACUCCAGACUGAACCCCACCAAGACCACCCUGCUCAAGAUGGCCGACUGUGGAGGACUUCCUCAGGUGGUGCAGCCGGGGAAGCUGGCCGAGGCCUUCAAGUAUUUUGUCCAGGGGAUGAGCUACAUCCCUCAUGUUGUGUUAAACCGCCUGAGCAGCCAAUCAGUGCCCACAGUUGGUAUGACCCGGCUGGUUCGCUCCAGGACUCACUCGGCCUCCAGCGUCGGCUCCACGGACGGCGUGCGGAGCCGCAGUUCCACCACCGCGCUGCCAGAG